CUGGUUGUUCACAACAUGCAACCUCUGACGCAGUUCACAUCGACGAUCAUCAUGGAGUUCCAUGCAAUGAAAACUCUACUUCUAACCUUUGCAUUUGGUCUGUCUUGGUAUGUAAGUGCAGACCAACACGCACCUGUAGUCCAUACAAAACUCGGGAGCCUUAGAGGUGAGUAUGUGAGUGUGAAGGGGAAAGACAGUGGAAGCCACACCUUCCUGGGUGUACCUUUUGCAAAGCCACCUGUAGGACCUGCUCUGAGACUGGCUGCACCUCAGCCUGUGGAAGCAUGGGAAGGAGUGAGAGAAGCCACCCGGCAACCACUUAUGUGCAUUCAAAAUAAACAAGUUAUUGAUGACCUGUUUUCAAAAUUUGGCUUGGAGGCAGAAAUCCCAGACGUUUCAGAAGACUGCCUUUACCUCAACAUUCAUGCACCUGCAAACAGAGCACCUGAUGCCAGACUCCCAGUCAUGGUGUGGAUCCAUGGGGGAGGUUUUUAUAUGGGAAGUGCCUCAGUGUAUGAUGGUUCUGCCCUGGCUGUUUAUCAGGAUGUGGUUGUGGUUGCAAUCCAGUAUCGCUUAGGACUUCUGGGUUUUCUCAGCACCGGAGAUGACAGCAUUUCUGGAAACUUUGGUCUGCUGGACCAGGUAGAAGCUCUGAAGUGGGUCCAGCAGCACAUUCACAACUUUGGUGGAAACCCAGAUCUAGUCACCAUAUUUGGGGAGUCUGCUGGUGGAGUCAGCGUGUCUCUCCUGCUUCUUUCACCACUAUCAAAAGGUUUGUUCCACCAUGCAAUCGCUGAAAGUGGCACAGCUGCAAUAGACUAUUUGUUUUCUGCUGAUCCUCUUCCAAAUGCAAAGAUGGUGGCAAAUAUUUCUGGCUGUAGCUUUGAAAGCACAGAGAGAUUUGGCGACUGCAUGAGAAGCCUUGACAUGGAUACUGUUAUGACUGUCGCAGAGGAUAUAAAUUUGAGAUAUACGAUAAAUGUUGAUGGACACUUCCUGAGAAAACCUGUGGAUGAGAUGUUCCGUAAUCACGAACUUAUCACUGUGCCAUUCAUGACUGGGAUUAACAGUGAUGAAGGUGGCUAUUUACUAUCUCAUUACUUUGCUCCUCAAAACUGGACAGAGGGAAUGGAUCGGGAGACUGUGAAGAACAUACUGUCCAUUUUCUUGCCUGGUGCAGAUUUUCUGGAUUUGAUAUUGGAUGAAUACGCUGGAAAUGGUGAAGAUAGAGUGAAAAACAGAAAAGGAUUUACUGACAUCCUUGGAGACAUUAUAUUCAGUAUUCCAGCCAUUAAAACAGCAAAUGUCCACAGAGAUGCAGGAGCCACUGUAUACUUUUAUGAGUACCGGCAUCCACCAUCUUUCUUGAAGGCAAGUAGACCAAGUUUUGUUGGAUGUGACCAUGGGGAUGAAAUCUUUUCAGUAUUUGGAUUUUGCUUCACAACUACUUAUGUCAGAGUAUCAGGUAAUUGCCUUGAAGAGGAUGAACAGAUGAACAGAAUCACGAUGGCAUACUGGGGGAACUUUGCUCGUACAGGGUCUCCUAAUGGGGGUGGCCUUGUGGAGUGGCCAAAGUAUGGAGCAGAAGAAGAAUAUCUGGAGAUCGAUACGAAGCAGGUGGUCCAUCAACACCUGAGGAAGGAGCGGUUUGUCUUCAUGACUCAGACACUGCCCAAGAAGAUGCAAGAGCAAGAGAAGACGGGGCACACACCUGUAGUCCAUACAAAACUCGGGAGCCUUAGAGGUGAGUAUGUGAGUGUGAAGGGGAAAGACAGUGGAAGCCACACCUUCCUGGGUGUACCUUUUGCAAAGCCACCUGUAGGACCUGCUCUGAGACUGGCUGCACCUCAGCCUGUGGAAGCAUGGGAAGGAGUGAGAGAAGCCACCCGGCAACCACUUAUGUGCAUUCAAAAUAAACAAGCUAGUACUGACCUGUUUUCAAAACUCAGCUUGGAGGCAGAAAUCCCAGACAUUUCAGAAGACUGCCUUUACCUCAACAUUCAUGCACCUGCAAACAGAGCACCUGAUGCCAGACUCCCAGUCAUGGUGUGGAUCCAUGGGGGAAGUUUUACUAUGGGAAGUGCCUCAUUGUAUGAUGGUUCUGCCCUGGCUGUUUAUCAGGAUGUGGUUGUGGUUGCAAUCCAGUAUCGCUUAGGACUUCUGGGUUUUCUCAGCACCGGAGAUGACAGCAUUUCUGGAAACUUUGGUCUGCUGGACCAGGUAGAAGCUCUGAAGUGGGUCCAGCAGCACAUUCACAACUUUGGUGGAAACCCAGAUCUAGUCACCAUAUUUGGGGAGUCUGCUGGUGGAGUCAGCGUGUCUCUCCUGCUUCUUUCACCACUAUCAAAAGGUUUGUUCCACCAUGCAAUCGCUGAAAGUGGCACAGCUGCAAUAGACAUGGUGGUGUCUGAUGAUCCUCUUCCAAGUGCAAAGAUGGUGGCAAAUAUGUCCGGCUGUAGCUUUGAAAGCAAAGAGAGAUUUGGCGACUGCAUGAGAAGCCUUGACAUGAAUACUGUUGUGACUAUCGCAGAGGAUAUAAAUGUGAGAUAUACUAUAAAUGUUGAUGGACACUUCCUGAGAAAACCUGUGGAUGAGCUGUUCCGUAAUCAUGAACUUAUCACCGUGCCAUUCAUGACUGGGAUUAACAGUGAUGAAGGUGGCUAUUUACUUUCUGAUUUCUUUGCUCCUCAAAACUGGACAGAGGGAAUGGAUCGGGAGACUGUGAAGAACAUACUGUCCAUCUUCUUCCCUGGUCCCAAACAGGCAGAUUUUCUAGAUUUGAUAUUGGAUGAAUACACUGGAAAUGGUGAGGAUAGAGUGAAAAACAGAAAAGGAUUUACUGACAUCCUUGGAGACAUUAUAUUCAAUAUUCCAGCCAUUAAAACAGCAAAUGCCCACAGAGAUGCAGGAGCCACUGUAUACUUUUAUGAGUACCGGCAUCCACCAUCUUUCUUGAAGGCAAGUAGACCAAGUUUUGUUGGAUGUGACCAUGGGGAUGAAAUCUUUUCAGUAUUUGGAUUUUGCUUCACAACUACUUAUGCCAAAAUAUCAGGUAACUGCCUUGAAGAGGACCAACAGAUGAAUAGGAUCAUGAUGGCAUACUGGGGGAACUUUGCUCAUACAGGGUCUCCUAGUGGGGGUGGCCUUGUGGAGUGGCCAAAGUAUGGAGCAGAAGAAGAAUAUCUGGAGAUCGAUACGAAGCAGGUGGUCCAUCAACACCUGAGGAAGGAGCGGUUUGUCUUCAUGACUCAGACACUGCCCAAGAAGAUGCAAGAGCAAGAGAAGACGGGGCACACACCUGUAGUCCAUACAAAACUCGGGAGCCUUAGAGGUGAGUAUGUGAGUGUGAAGGGGAAAGACAGUGGAAGCCACACCUUCCUGGGUGUACCUUUUGCAAAGCCACCUGUAGGACCUGCUCUGAGACUGGCUGCACCUCAGCCUGUGGAAGCAUGGGAAGGAGUGAGAGAAGCCACCCGGCAACCACUUAUGUGCAUUCAAAAUAAACAAGCUAGUACUGACCUGUUUUCAAAACUCAGCUUGGAGGCAGAAAUCCCAGACGUUUCAGAAGACUGCCUUUACCUCAACAUUCAUGCACCUGCAAACAGAGCACCUGAUGCCAGACUCCCAGUCAUGGUGUGGAUCCAUGGGGGAGGUUUUACUAUGGGAAGUGCCUCAUUGUAUGAUGGUUCUGCCCUGGCUGUUUAUCAGGAUGUGGUUGUGGUUGCAAUCCAGUAUCGCUUAGGACUUCUGGGUUUUCUCAGCACCGGAGAUGACAGCAUUUCUGGAAACUUUGGUCUGCUGGACCAGGUAGAAGCUCUGAGGUGGGUCCAGCAGCACAUUCACAACUUUGGUGGAAACCCAGAUCUAGUCACCAUAUUUGGGGAGUCUGCUGGUGGAGUCAGCGUGUCUCUCUUGCUUCUCUCGCCGCUAUCAAAAGGUUUGUUCCACCAUGCAAUCGCUGAAAGUGGCACAGCUGCAAUGGACUCGUUGGUGUCCGAUGAUCCUCUUCCAAGUGCAAAGAUGGUGGCAAAUAUUUCCAGCUGUAGCUUUGAAAGCACAGAGAGAUUUGGCAACUGCAUGAGAAGCCUUGACAUGGAUACUGUUAUGACUGUCGCAGAGGAUAUAAAUGUGAGAUAUACUAUAAAUGUUGAUGGACACUUCCUGAGAAAACCUGUGGAUGAGCUGUUCCGUAAUCACGAACUUAUCACUGUGCCAUUCAUGACUGGGAUUAACAGUGAUGAAGGUGGCUAUUUACUUGCUGAUUACUUUGCUCCUCAAAACUGGACAGAGGGAAUGGAUCGGGAGACUGUGAAGAACAUACUGUCCAUCUUCUUCCCUGGUGCAGAUUUUCUAGAUUUGAUAUUGGAUGAAUACACUGGAAAUGGUGAAGAUAGAGUGAAAAACAGAAAAGGAUUUACUGACAUCCUUGGAGACAUUAUAUUCAAUAUUCCAGCCAUUAAAACUACAAAUGCCCACAGAGAUGCAGGAGCCACUGUAUACUUUUAUGAGUACCGACAACCACCAUCUUUCUUGAAGGCAAUUAGACCAAGUUUUGUUGGAUGUGACCAUGGGGAUGAAAUCUUUUCAGUAUUUGGAUUUUGCUUCACAACUACUUAUGCCAAAAUAUCAGGUAACUGCCUUGAAGAGGACGAACAGAUGAAUAGGAUCAUGAUGGCAUACUGGGGGAACUUUGCCCAUACAGGGUCUCCUAAUGGGGGUGGCCUUGUAAAGUGGCCAAAGUAUGGAGCAGAAGAAGAAUAUCUGGAGAUCGAUACGAAGCAGGUGGUCCAUCAACACCUGAAGAAGGAGCGGUUUGUCUUCAUGACUCAGACACUGCCCAAAAAGAUGCAAGAGCAAGAGAAGACGGGGCACAGUGAAUUGUAGAACAAUCGACUCUCAUUAAAUCAACACCGUAAUCACUCAGUAGCAAACUACGAACUACAGUCACACAAACCAGGGGAAACUAAUCUGAUGAAUACCAGAUCUACUGCACAUCACAGGCCAACUGGAGCCACUUGUUUGUCUAUAUAGACAAGUGAGGUUGUAAUGAUGAUAGCACACAUUAGCUUUAGAUACUCUUAGAUGGGGUUUUAGUA